CUACACAACCAAAAACCACACACCCUUUCUUGUUUCUCUCUCUUUCAAGAUUAGGGUUUUCGUUUUCAAGAAAACACCAUGAGCGAUCAGAGGCAAACAGGGAAGGUUAAAUGGUUUAGUGACCAAAAGGGGUUCGGUUUCAUAACCCCUGAUGAUGGCGGUGAUGAUCUAUUUGUUCACCAAUCUUCCAUCAAAUCUGAAGGCUAUCGCAGCCUUGGAGACGGCGAAGAGGUUGAGUUUGAGAUUGAAAACUCAGACGAUGGCCGUACUAAGGCUGCUAAUGUCACUGCUCCUGGUGGGAACCCAGUUCAGGGCAUCCGAUCCAGUGGUGGAUAUGGUGGUGGUGGUUAUGGCGGCGGUCGGAGAGGAGGUGGUGGUGGAGGAUACGGAGGGAGUGGUGGUGGUGGUGGGUAUGGCGGAGGUGGCGGUGGAGGUUGUUAUAGUUGCGGGGAGUCGGGGCAUAUGGCCAGGGACUGUCCACAAGGUGGCGGUGGCGGUGGAGGUGGUGGAAGGUAUGGUGGUGGAAGCGGCGGUGGAGGAGGUGGAGGAGGGUGUUACAACUGUGGCGGUACUGGCCAUUUUGCCAGGGAGUGUCCUAAUAGUGGACGUUGAUUUUAGGGUAUGGAGUGGAAAUAGUAAUAAGGAGACUUGAUUUUUAUCAAGUCUUCGUCUUUACUGAUUUAUUUCCACCUCUUUUACCUUUGCUUUUGCAUUUAGUGGUGUUGUCUUUUAGGUGGUCUUUUCUCGGUGACUCAUUCUAGUGUUUGGGCUUAAUGGGUUCCUUGCUCUAUCCAAGUGUCUUGAUGUUGUUUUAAGGUUUUUAAUGGUGGUGAUUGUCUGUCUGUUUGGUUUCAAGUUGCUAGAAGGUUUCAAAUCGGUAUGAUGGUGAUAGGUCUUAAGUAGUAGGGGGCAGUAGAGAGGGAUUGGAUCUUGGUGAAGGAAACAAUUAUCUUGUUCUAAGCUGUAAUCUCUCGCUGUUUUUAUACACAAUAUAUAUGAAUAUACAUGCUGGUUUGAUUCAA